CCGGGGGCCGGGGGCUGGGGGCCGCGGGCCGCUGCACAGGGGUGGACCCAGGAGGCCAGCAGCCUUGGACCCGAGAAACCCACCACCACCAGGCAGCGUCGAUGACAGCCGAACCGACGAGGCCGACGGCUGGUGCGGGCGUAGAAGAGGGCUGGUGUCCUGGUUUGGGACGGAGAAGGCUCCCUGGGGAAGAGGUGACUUAAACUGAAUGUUGCUUGGAACAGACUAUCCAGUACAGAAAGAGGAAGUAGACGGCGCCUGACUUCAGUAAGGGUUUAAUAAAUACGUGUGUGGUUGAAUAAAGGAGUGAGGAAUCCAACUCAGUUGUAAGAGCUUGCUGUGGAGAUCUGCACGGGGUGGGUCUGCAGUGGAGCUGACACUUAGGUCCUUUCCAGCUCGAAGACGAGGGAAGUUUCAUGAUGAUGGGUUUUUAUUCUGUUAAAUGUGAAACCAGCUUCUGGUGCAAGGUCUGCUGUGUCCCAUGAUACCUUGGGUUUGGGGCCUUUUUGGAAACUUGUCCUAUUAUUUUGGUGUGGGAGGUGUUCGUGUGCGUGAGAGAGAUAGUAUAUAUAUUAUAUACGUUAUAACGUGUGACCUUUAGCAUUUCACUUCCUCACUGUACUUCUCAGUUUCUUUCCCUUUCUACAAACAUGGGGAAAACAGUCUCCCUCACAAGCUGCUUUGAGAAUUGAACGAGAUAAAAAGGUGAACUAAAGUGUUUCUGACACAGAGAACCGGAGAGGUGAGACUUAAAUCUGAAUCUGGAAGGGCCAGCCCUGAAAGGUUGGUUAGCAGGGGCUCUCAGACUUAAGUGCAUGGGAAUCACCUAGCGAUGCUUGUUUAAAAUGUAUGCUUUCUGGUCCCACAUCCAGAGGAUUUUAUUCUGAAGGUCUAGCACAGGGCAGAUAUAAUCUGAAUUUUAACAUUUAACAUUUUAACCAGGGGGUCUAGGGGUUAUAGUUCACCAAACCCAGUCCAGUUCUGGUUGUGAGGCGUGUGUGUGGCCAUGGUUUGCCUUAUUGGUUAUGGCAGCGGUCGCCUCCCCAGAUUGUGUUUGCUUUUGCAGCCGGUAGCUGGUUUGAAAUUCAAGAAGUCAUUUCAUUGGUGAAGGAGAGUGGGUGUUGGAGAAAGGGAGUGGGUUGUGGCCCUAUCAAUAGGAUCGAGUAUGUUUUUCCUGCUAAGGCCUGGCACAGUCCCCAGCUGCCCGCUGCCAGGUUACAGCUAUUGGGCAAUCGUGUACUUCCUGGCAUUUCUCUUUCUGUAAAGUGCAAGGACUGAUGAGGCUCCAGGCAUGAGACUGCUGGGCCCAGGCUGGGUUAGGGCUUAGCGGUAAAGUAGCUGCUUAUGCCUUGUCCCUCCUUCCUCUUGUUGGGGGGAAGACUGAGUCGUGCAGACUGGGGUGGCCCAGAAACUGGGAUUGGAGUUGUUGCGCAUGCCUGUGUGUGUGUAUGUGGGUAGAGAAAAAGAGAGAGAGAGGUCUCAUUUGAUCCCAGAGUGAGAUAAACCAGCUUUCAGUUUUCAAACCUCGGUGGCUCUAGGCAGGGAUUCCAGCUUUUAUUACAUCAGAAAAGAGAGAAUUAGAAUUCAGAGGGUGCUCCCUGGGCUCUUGUCUCUAGCGUGCAGGGAGCCAAGGUCAGUCUAGCAGGCCCUGCUCUGAACCUCCCUGACCCAUCAGUCCACCACCUGGUGGGAACUUGCUCAGGGUCUCCCUCCUUGUUGGACAGCAGCCGCCCUGCUGUGCCAGUGGUUUCUCUGCUGGAGAGCAAUCCUGUUCUCCACCCCCAUCCUGCCUCUGGACCCUCCCUGAAGAGAGAGACCUGGUGUCUCAGGACACUUCCGGAGUGUGGAGUUAGGCUUACAAGAGCAGUCCAGGACCUCUCCCAAAAUGGGCUGAGACUGUUGGUGGAGGUUAGAUUCAGAGGAAAGCCUGCUGAGCGACUCCCAUCCCAAUUUUCUGUCCACUUUCCUAACUCACAUCCCAUUCCCAGCCUGCCUAGAUGGGAUCAUCAGGGGCCAGAUGGGAUUGUUCAGAGGGAGGGGCAAGCAGGUGGGAGGGACUAAUGCUGCUCCAGAAGGGCAUCAAAGGAAAAACAAAUAUUUGCUCUGGAUCUUCUGGUUGCCUGAGUACAUUCCUGGCAUCCAAAUAACAUUUCCUUCUGUGGCUCUCGCCUGCUUCUCUGACCUCCCCUUUCCCCCAAAGAGAAAAAACAUGCUGGGGCCCCUGGAAUGGUGGAGUCCCCCGAGCCUUUGGGAUGAUAUGCGUGGAAUUCUUACCUUCCAAAUGGGUACCAUGAGGGAGGCCACGUGAGCAGCAGCUCUGGGGUAGGGGUGCUUUCUUUCUUAUAUAUUGGAUUGCUGCAUGGAUUUCAAAAUGUUUGAAAACGACUGAGAUGAUUCAGCCCUCUCAUUGACACAAAGGGAAACUGAGACCCAGAGAGGAGGUGUGACUUACUCUGGUUAGUGGCAUGCCUGCAACCUGCCUACAACAUAGGCCUCUGCCUUGGCCAACCCCAGGCCCUGGAUGACUGAAUGCUAAGAGGCUUGGGCUGGGAGUUGGUCUUGACAUGAGCAGGGGCUUGCUUCCUCAGUGUGGUUUGUCAUUCCAGCACUCAAGCUGCCUUUCCCAGUGCUCAAGGCAAUGCUUAAGAUGGAGGAAUCACUGGGAACCAAAGCCCACCCCCACACACUGAGCAUGUGGAGGGACCUGGGACGGCAACUGCCCUGUGAAAAGCCAGAGAGGAGUCCAGGAUGUUGGCUCCAACUCCAGGCAAUAUCAAUGACCAGAGAUGUCCAGCUUGCACCCUCACCCUGGUACCUGGGACCAGCAUCCCUGGAUCUUCUUUUUCUAAGGCCUUUCUACCAUCCUGUCUGGAACCCAGAUCAUUCCUCAUCUGAGUUCCUGGGAGGGAGGCAGUGUUUACCAACUGAGCCCCGGCAUCCACCUCUCCUGGAGUGUUGCAAAGAAGCGGGUGGCCAUCAAGUCAAUCCGGAAAGACAGAAUCAAAGAUGAGCAAGACCUGAUGCACAUACGACGGGAGAUUGAGAUCAUGUCGUCACUCAACCACCCCCACAUCAUUGCCAUCCAUGAAGUGUUUGAGAACAGCAGCAAGAUCGUGAUUGUCAUGGAGUACGCCAGCCAGGGCGACCUGUACGACUACAUCAGUGAGCGACAGCGCCUCAGUGAACCUGACGCCCGCCACUUUUUUCGGCAGAUCGUCUCUGCCGUGUCCUACUGCCACCAAAAUGGAGUUGUCCACCGAGAUCUCAAGCUGGAGAACAUCCUGUUAGAUGCCAGUGGAAAUAUCAAGAUCGCUGACUUUGGCCUCUCCAACCAAUACCAUCAAGAUAAGUUCCUGCAGACGUUCUGUGGGAGCCCCCUCUACGCUUCGCCGGAGAUUGUCAAUGGGAAGCCCUACACAGGCCCAGAGGUGGACAGCUGGUCCCUGGGUGUCCUCCUCUACAUCCUGGUGCACGGCGCCAUGCCCUUUGAUGGGAACGACCAUAAGACUCUGGUAAAGCAGAUCAGCAACGGAGCCUACCGGGAGCCGCCUACACCCUCCGAUGCCUGUGGCCUCAUCCGGUGGCUGUUAAUGGUGAACCCCACCCGCCGAGCCACCCUGGAGGAUGUGGCCAGUCACUGGUGGGUCAACUGGGGCUACGCCACCCGUGUGGGGGAACAGGAGACCCUGCACGAGAGCGGGCACCCCAGCAGUGACUCUGCCCGGGCCUCCAUGGCUGACUGGCUCCGCCGUUCUUCCCGGCCCCUCCUGGAGAAUGGGGCCAAGGUGUGCAGCUUCUUCAAGCAGCAUGCGCCUGGAGGUGGGGGCACCGCCACAGCCCUGGAGCGCCAGCAUUCGCUCAAGAAGUCUCGCAAGGAGAAUGACAUGGCCCAGUCUCUCCAGAAGGACCCAGCUGAUGACACUGCCGCUCGCCCUUGCAAGGGCGUCCUCAAGCUGCCAAAGGGCAUUCUCAAGAAGAAGUCCUCGAGCUCCGAGGAGGGGGCGAAGGAGGAGCCCUGGGAGCUCGCCCCUGCCCCUGGCAGCCCCAGGCAGGCCGCCCUCUUGCCACCCAGGAAGGGCAUCCUGAAGAAGUCUCGGCAGCGGGAGUCCGGCUACUACUCCUCCCCUGAGCCCAGUGAGUCUGGGGAGCUGGUGGACGCAGGGGACGUGUUUGUGAGUGGUGACCCCGUGGAGCAGAAGCCCCCCGAGGCCUCAGGGCUCCUCCUUCGCAAGGGCAUCCUCAAACACAAUGGCAAGUUCUCCCGCACAGCCCCCGAGCUCACAGCCCCUGCCGCCUUCGGCUCUUUGGAUGAACUGGCCUUGCCGCACCCUCUGGCCAGGCCCAGCCGCCCCUCAGGGGCUGUGAGUGAGGACAGCAUCCUGUCCUCUGAGUCCUUUGAACAGCUAGACUUGCCCGAACGGCUCCCAGAGCCCCCGCUGCGGGGCUGUGUGUCUGUGGACAACCUCAUGGGGCUUGAGGUGUCCCCCUCAGAGGGUCCUGGAAGCCGCCUGAGGCACUGGCGGCAGGACUCCCUGGGGGACAGCUGCUUUUCCCUGACAGACUGCCAGGAGGUGACAGAGGCCUACCGACAGGCACGAGGGGUCUGCUCCAAGCUCAGCUGAGGGUGAGGGAGUGGCCCUACCCGGGCAGGCUCUAAGGUGUAACUGGCUGCACCCCAAGGGGAAAGUUCCUUUUCACGGGCCCAAGGCCCCAGCCCAAAAAGCUGACAGGGUUUGCCGUGGAGCCCUGGGGAGGGCUGGAUGCGGGAAGUGGGUAGGUGCAGUGCCUUGAGGGUUUGCUGUCUUCAGCCCUGUCAUAACAAGAAGAAUAUAAGAAGAGUAAAGAAGCAGAGGGAAAUGGGAAGGUCCCUGGUGGAGUCCAGGUGGCUUGUUUCUUGUAGGUUGGGGCUGCAGAGAUAGGGAAGGAGUGCUCCAUCAGUGCCUGUCUCCCCUAUGGCAGUGACUAACAUGGCGUCUCCCACAGAGGGCAGCUGCUUUCCUCCUCAUCCCGGUCAGUCAGAAAAGCCAAGUCAGAGUGGGUUAGAAAGUCCUAGCAUGCACUCCCAUCUCCGCCAGCUGCUGGAGCUGGACUGUAGUACCCCCUAGCAUGCCUGGGCUCCCCAGCAUUCUGGGAAUGGCCUUCAGGAGUGAACCUUAUUUCUCCUAGGAGCAAGCGAACACAACCUCUGUUUCCUCAAAGGUUCUCCCCAAUGUCUCAUCCUCCUGACCCGGCCGAGGCCCCCUGGGGUCGCUGCUACGAAUCCUAAAGACUUGAAAAGGUUCAGGCUGCUGCAUGGACUUCAUCUCAAGGGGCCCAGACUCCUCUGGGCCCCACCUUGGACCUCAAAGACUCCCACCUCCCGCCACCAAGCUGCUCCUGAUACUGACAAUGGACACAUCUGUUCCUCUGGACUUUGCGGACCCUAGAAUGUCCUUAUUUAUUUUUAUGUUCUCAGCUCUGUUUUUAAAAAAAGGUAUCUGGCCAUUUUCAGUGAUGUGAAUGUUGUAUUCUGGGGAAAUCCACUAUGACAUGUAAGCUUUGUGUGCAGAGACAUUUGUGCAGUGAUACCCCACUGGUGAUGUGGCAGGGCGAGGGUCUCUGACUCCCCUUACUCCACGCCCUGAUUCUGUCUGUGGGAUGAGCCUGUGGCCAGGAAGAACCACGCCAUUAAAGACAGAGUGGUGACUGGAAA